AUGGAUCGAAGUUGGAUGAGAGCAUCACGCAUCACUGCUGAGUAUGGGACUGGGGUGGAACAGUUUCUCCAAUUUACCGAAAUGCAUGCCCCCUCCUUGCGCGGCAAAUAUUUUUGUCCAUGUGUAAAAUGUGCAAAUGGUAGACACCAGACGCUAAGUGAGAUAAGAUCACAUCUAAUAUGUCACGGGAUGAUUCCAAAUUACACAAACUGGAUAUGGCAUGGGGAAUUGCCAGACAAUCCAACAUUGUCUCACACUGAGGCAAUCGAUGUAGAUACGGGUUGUCGUAUAGAAGAAAUGAUUCGCGACUUAGGGCAGGAUGGUUUUCGGCAAGCACAUGCUCCUUUGUAUGACAAAAUAGAGAAUGAUUCAAAGACUCCUUUGUAUUCUGGGUGCACAACAUUCACAAGGUUGUCAGCGGUCUUAGCUUUAGUCAACUUGAAGGCACGAUUUGGCUGGAGUGACAAGAGCUUUACUGAAUUGCUAGUGUUAUUGAAAAAGUUGCUUCCUGAAGAUAACACGUUGCCAAAGAGUCAAUACGAGGCGAAGAAGAUCUUAUGUCCAAUGGGAAUGGAGUACCAGAAAAUCCAUGCAUGCCCAAAUGAUUGCAUAUUGUAUAGAAAUGAGUAUGCAAAAAUGCGCACAUGCCCAACAUGUGGUGUAUCCCGCUACAAGGUCAAAAACCAUGAAGAGAGUGAUGUUGCAACCGCAGAGAACAGUCAUCCAGCAAAGGUUUGCUGGUAUCUUCCAAUAAUACCAAGGUUUAGGCGAUUGUUUGCUAAUAGAUAUGAUGCAAAACAGUUGAUGUGGCAUGUUGAAGGCAGAAAAAUUGAUGGAUUGCUCCGACAUCCGGCUGAUUGUCCGCAAUGGAAGGCAUUCGAUGCUUUGUAUCCUGAUUUUGGGAAUGAGACCAGAAAUCUAAGGCUUGGUCUUGCCUCCGAUGGAAUGAACCCUUUUGGUAACUUAAGCACCAGUCACAGUUCAUGGCCUGUUUUGUUGAUGAUUUAUAACCUUCCUCCUUGGUUGUGCAUGAAACGGAAGUACAUAAUGCUUUGCAUGAUGAUAGCAGGACCAAGACAGCCCGGUAAUGAUAUUGACGUGUAUCUAGCUCCGUUGAUUGAAGACCUACGAACAAUGUGGGAACACGGGGUAGAUGUUUGGGAUGGGAAUUUGCAGGAGACCUUUAGGUUGCGUGCAAUGGUUUUUUGUACCAUAAAUGACUUUCCAGCAUAUGGAAAUUUAAGUGGUUACAGUGUGAAAGGCCAUCACGCAUGUCCUAUAUGUGAGAAAAAUACAAGUUUCGUCCAACUAAAACAUGGAAAGAAAACAGUAUACACAAGGCAUCGAAGAUUUCUGAACCAGUUCCAUCCAUAUCGACGAUUGAAGAAAGCUUUCAAUGGAUCUCAAGAAAAUGAAAGUGCGCCAAAACCGUUAAAUGGUAAAGAAGUACAUGAUCGUGUCAACGACAUCAUAACUAUCUUUGGGAAGACGCAAAAGAAAACCAGUAGUGAGACAAACAUCUGGAAGAAAAGGUCCAUUUUCUUUGAGCUUCCUUAUUGGUUUGAUCUUGAUGUUAGACAUUGCAAGACAAAGGAUGGUUUGAAGUGUCGUCAAGACUUGGUUGACAUGGGUAUACGGGAGCAGUUACAUCCAAUAGCAAAAGUUAGGGAGAUCCGGUUGUGUGGUCCUGUAUUUUUGCGGUGGAUGUAUCCAAUUGAACGGUACAUGAAGGUGUUAAAGGGGUAUACCAAGAAUCAACAUCGACCAGAAGCUUCAAUUGUUGAAAGGUAUGUUGCUGAAGAAUGUAUUGAGUAUUGCUCGCAGUACAUUGAAGCUGCUAAAUCUGUCGGGGUACCUGAACCUCGUCAUGUGACGACACCAGUUGGCAAGGGUACACGAGGCUACAAUGUUGUGACAAUGACUCGCCACGAGAUCUCACAAGCACAUCUAUAUAUAUUGAAUAAUACAGCAGAGGUAAUUCCAUACAUAGAUGCCCACAAAAAAGAAGUCGCCGCACUUAACCCAAGAUUCAACAUGAUGAGGGUUUUGCAAGAGCACAACAAAACUUUCAUGAAGUGGUUUAGACACACAAUAUUUGCUGAUGAGGCUACUUCCAAAACAUUACGAUUGUUAGCUCUUGGGCCAAAUCUAAAUGUUCCGACAUGGCAAGGGUAUCACAUCAACAAUUAUUCGUUCUAUACUAAGUCCCAAGAUGAGAAAAGCUCGAUGCAAAAUAGUGGGGUGACGGUUGAUGCUGAUUCAGAUCACUUUUGCAGUGCAUCAGACAACAAUCCUAUUCGAGCAUCCAUGCAUUACUUUGGAGUCAUUGAACAAAUCUGGGAGCUUGACUAUACUGAUUUUAGAGUGCCCGUGUUUAAGUGUAAGUGGAUCAAUGCCCGUACUGGUGUCCGGCAAGAUGAAAUGGGAUUUACCUUAGUGGACUUCAACAAGGUGGGUUACAUGGACGAGCCUUUCAUUAUGGCACAACAAGCAAGACAAAUAUUUUAUGUCGAAGACCCUUGCAAUUCAACAUAUUCAGUGGUUCUACAGGGAAGACCUAGUGGUUUAAAUGACGCACAUGAUCCAACGAUGCUUGAUAUUUGUGAGACACCACCUUUUUCGACAGCUAUGCCUAAUAUGAAUGAUUCACACUAUGUUGACGAUGUACACGCAAAUCGUAAUGAUCAUGAUGAAGGACUAUGGGAGAACAUUGUUACGUAA